AGCACGAUCUCUUUUGUCUGUGGUCAAGGCAAUUAUUUCUUAGAAAGUGGAAUAUCUUCAAAAUGACUAUGUACAAGAGCAAACGCAGAAACCAAAGAUAUAUCAACAUGGCAGGAGAACCAAAACCAUACAGACCAAAACCUGGCAACAAGCGGCCACUUUCAGCACUUUACAGACUUGAAUCAAAGGAGCCUUUUCUGUCCGUUGGUGGUUAUGUCUUUGAUUAUGAUUACUACAGAGAUGAUUUCUACAAUCGGUUGUUUGAUUACCAUGGCCGUGUCCCCCCACCGCCCCGUGCAGUGAUUCCACUCAAACGUCCCCGUGUGGCAGUGACAACAACUCGUAGAGGCAAAGGGGUUUUCUCCAUGAAGGGAGCAUCACGGUCCACUUCAAGUGGGACUUCUUCCUCAGGAUCCAAAUCACCCACCCGUCUUCCCCUGCCCCUUAUGUGGAGUGAUACUGUCCUUGGAAGCAUCACUGGAAGAGGAAGAGAAAGAUCAGUGAAAUCAGAUGAGUUGCAAACAAUCAAGAAAGAAUUAACUCAAAUCAAAACAAAAAUUGACUCCUUGCUAGGGAGACUGGAAAAGAUUGAAAAGCAGCAAAAAGCUGAAGCAGAAGCCCAAAAGAAACAAAUGGAAGAUAAUGCUGAUUUGAUUCAAGAGGAAUGCAUAUCAGAGAAUGCAGAUAACUCUACGGAAGAGCCAAUUGAAGGAGGGCCAGAUGCAGAUGGGGAUGGAGAAGAUAUGACUGAUGGGAUAGAGGAGGAUUUUGAUGAGGAUGGCAGCAAUGAGCUGUUUCUACAGAUCAAGUGAUGAAAUGUCAUGUGUGAACCCCCUGAAGGCUGAGAAGAGAAACUCUGACUUCCCCACAGAAAAUUGUGAACUGCAGUUUCUUACUGGC